GUCACAAUGUUUUCAAGAUGGUGGUGUUACAAUCUAAUAAUUAGUUUAGUAUUAGUUUUAAGUUUUACCCAAACUACAGUCGGAGCACGACGUGUUUUAUUGCGACCAUUGACUGCCAAGCAAGUGUAUGGCGCCCUAAGAUCAGCUGGCCGCGAAGAUGCCAUACCCGAGGGCCGUGUUGUCAGCCAGGGCAUAUCUGCCGCAACAGGUUUCACUUUGGGUCUCAUUAAAGGUGUUGGUGGCACAAUGUUGGCCACCUCAAAUGCCACAACUGAAUGGCUGAAUAACCUCAAUCUGACGGCCCACAUACCCAAUGUGGAUCUAUAUUCCCUAUUGCCCAAUGUGAAUUUAUCCUUACCCAAUAUUGAUUAUUCCGCACUGAUUCCCACCAUCAAUCUGACUGGUAUUGACUAUCAUUCCCUUCUGCCAACCGUUAAUCUUAGUGGCAUUGACUAUUCCGCGUUACUUCCCAAUCUAAAUAUUACAACUCUAUUUACACACAAGGCUAGCGGAAGCAAUUCAUCGGCCAGUACUUCGUAUGUGGUCCAAGAGAUUUGUUUCCAGACACGCAGGGCAGAGAGCAAUGCUAAGGUGCAAGGCAGACAGGCUGUAACUAGUCCAACAACAACAGCCACAACAACUGGUGUGGGAACAGCUAGUCCAACAACCACGGGGACAGCAAGUCCCACAGGCACUGGAAUGGCGACAAUUUCGAAUACAGCCAGUGCUACAGCAGACUUGAGAUUUAGCAUGGAUUUAAUGCAUGUUGAAAGCCCCGGCUCAUUCCAGGAAAAAUACUUAUUAAAAGUCUUAUUACCAACCCAUUAUUUCAACAAGGGCAAGUCGCAGAUGUUUUUGGUCCACUAA